AUGCAAUCAAUGAGAGAGGCGUCAAUUUCAUUGACACGGCUGAAAUGUACCCAGUGCCAAACUUCGAUCCACAAUGGUGUCCAGGCCGCACUGAGGAGUACAUUGGGUCUUGGUUCGAGGAGAACCCUGGCUGGCGUUCCAAGGUGGUGUUGGGCAUCCAAAAUUGCCGGAUAUUGGCCCAGGAGCAGGGCAGCAGCUCGCAGAAGUGAACCAGAAGGCGAUUCUGAAAGCUGGCCGGAUGCGCGGGCAGAUGCAGCAUCAGUCAGGCAGGCAUGCGAGGCCUCACUUCGCCGCUUGAAAACCGAUUGUAUUGAUCUAUACCAGAUUCAUUGGCCAGAUCGCUAUGUUCCCAUUUUUGGCCAAACGGAGUACAAGUGCGCAAACGAGAGGAAACCAGUCUUGAUUGAGGAAACAGCUGCUGCUCUCAAGGACCUGAUGCAGGAAGGCAAGAUCAAGGCCUAUGGUGUUUCCAACGAAACCACCUUUGGAGUUUGCGAAUGGACACGUGCAGCCCAAAAGCUGGACAUGCCACCACCAGCCAGCAUUCAGAAUGCCUGCUCACUUGUGGUACGCCUUUUUGAAUACGAACUGGCUGAAGCCUGUGCCACCUCAAAUUUCAAUGUUGGCUUGCUGGCAUAUUCCAUUUUGGCUGGAGGCUUGCUGUCUGGCAAGUACCGUGGAAACAAGCAGCCAGCUGAAUCUCGCCAUACAAAGUAUCCGAACUUCAUGUCCAGAUGGAAUCCAACCAAGGGCAUUCCACAACUUUCAGAAGCGGUGGAGGGCUAUGCAAUGAUUGCAGAGGAAAACGGAAUGUCACUUACGGAGCUCUCAACCCGUUGGUGCCGAACACGAUCUUACUGCAAGCACGGCUCAGUGAUCAUUGGCGCUACCAAUCUGGACCAGUUGAAGGAGAACCUUGAUGCCUUCGAAGGUGACGCAGGACUUUCGGAAGAAGUUCUUGCCCAGAUCGAUGACAUCCAUUUGAAGCUCCGCAAUCCCGGAACCUUCUUAUAG